AUGCCUAUCGACUACAUCGGCUACGUCUUCGCCGCCGGGCCCCCGGCCUGGGCCGUCGAGAACUGGUGGUUCAUCCUCAAGACGACCACCGCCGUCGCCGCUCUCACCCUCAUCAAGCUGUACUGCUCCGGCGCCAGCAACCCCUCGGAGCGGGACAUGCACGGGCGGGUGGUCAUGAUCACGGGCGGCACGUCAGGCAUAGGGGCCAGCACCGCCUACGAGCUCGGCCGGCGUGGCGCCCAGCUCGUCCUCCUUACGCACACGCCCGUCUCGGACCCCUUCCUCGUCGAGUACGUCGGCGACCUGCGCGCCCGCACCGGCAACGAGCUCAUCUACGCCGAGCACGUCGACCUCGCCUCCCUCCACAGCAUCCGCAAGUUCGCGACAAAGUGGAUCGACAACUCCCCGCCCCGCCGCCUCGACAUGAUCGUCCUCUGCGCUGCCACCGUCACCCCGCCCGGCACCGCGAAGCCGCGCCUGACCCCCGAGGGCCUCGAGGAGACCUGGAUGGUGAACUACCUCGCCAACUUCCACCUGCUCUCCAUCCUCAGCCCGGCCAUCAAGGCGCAGCCCUUCGACCGCGACGUGCGCAUCCUCUUCACGACGUGUCCCUCCUACAUCGGCUCGCCGCCGCUGACCGACGGCGCCGCCCUGAGCAAGGCGGUCUGGUCGCCGGGCGCGGCGUACAAGCGGAGCAAGAUGGCGCUGAUGGUCUUCGGCCAGGCGUUCCAGAAGCACCUCGACGCGUACAAGCGGCCGGACGAGCUGCCGAUGAACUCGCGGGUGGUGUUCGUGGACCCGGGAUACGCGCGCACGCCGGGCAUGCGGCGCUGGCUGUCGCGGGGCUCGCUCUGGGGCCUGUUUGUGUACCUGGCGGCGUACUUUGUGCCGUGGCUGCUGCUCAAGAGCCCCGACCAGGGCGCGCAGUCGUUGCUGUUUGCGGCGAUGGAGCCGGGCCUGGCGCGCGGCAAGGGCGGGAGACUGAUCAAGGAGUGCCGCGAGGUGGAUUUUGCGCGGAAGGACGUCCAUGACGAGGAGGUGGCGAAGAAGCUGUGGGAGGAGAGCGACAAGCUGAUCGAGAAGACGGAGAAGGAGCAGGCGCUCGUCAGGGCGAGGCAGAAGGCGGCGGAGGAAGCGAAGGCCAAGGAAGCAAAGGAGGCUGAAAAGGUGCAGGAGGUAGAGGACCUCGUCAAUGCCAUCAAGAAGGGCAAGGAGGCGCAAAAAUCCAAGGGCAAGAAGAAGACCAAGAAGGACACAUGA